UAUAUAAGCACGAGAGGAGUGAUGCCUUUCUAGGGCAACGAUUUCCUUGCGUUGUGUCGAUCGAGAGAGGGAAAGCGAAGCGAGCGAAUUUGCGUGAGAAGAAAGAGGGCAAGGCGAAUGGCGACGGCGGCGGUGGGUUCUUCCCAAUUCUCGGGGAUGGAUGUCUCUCGGACGAUCCAAACCCCGCAACAGCAGCAGCCCCGGCAGGGAUGGAGGAAUGGGCGGUCGAAUUUGCGGCUGCGGGCGUCGGCGGCGGCGAGCGCGAGGUAUGGAUCAUCGCCGGUGGCCCCCUGCGAGUCCUACUCGAUGCUGGGCAUCCGGCCGGGCGAUUCCAAGCAGGAUCUCAAGCGCGCCUACCGGAGGCUCGCGCUCCAGUAUCAUCCGGAUGUUUGCAAGGGCGAUCACUGCGCGCCCAAGUUCCAGGAGAUCAACGCGGCGUACGAGCUCCUCCAGAAGAUCAUGGACGGGAGCGCCGUGGCCGCCCCGGUGGACGAUCGCUACUACUACAGCGACGACGAGGAGGAUUUGGAGGAGUACAAGUCGGGGUGGGAGGGCGCGUGGGUGUUUUGAUCCCGGCGACUUUCCCCCUUUAUUCUUCUUCUCGAUCGAUCGUCUCGUGUAAAUAGGGAGGGACGGGAAGAUCUCUGUACAGUGGGGGCUAUCGGAAUUUUUUAGGCAGCCAGGAAGAACAACUUUGCUUGUAUAGAAACACACCAAAAAGACUUGGAAUCGAAGGAAGGAAACCAAGAAAGAAAUUUCUUUCUCUUAUUAGGUUAUCUGUCUAGAACACUUCGAUUGAAUGACGAGAACUCUUUGAUUGAUUGAAA